ACUUGCAGAAAAGCCAAAAGUCCCAUUCUCCUUCCUGCUUUUUGCUCGCGAAUCUUUGAUCUUUCACUUUCGAAUCUUCGCGUUUAGUGCUGAAAGAGGUGGAAAUCGAAGAACAAUGGAGUCUUUGAACAUCGUAGAUGUCACGCUUCUCUCCAUUUCAAAACCCUAAAAGAACAGAGCUCUUUUGUCUUUGAUCCUGAGAUUCACGCUUUCAAAAUCAACUAUUUUGUUCUUUCGAGUGGAUCUUGAGGAAUUUUAGGCAAUGGAAGUUGUUGAAUCGAUAUCCAUUCCUUCAAUUUCUGAUGGUGCGAGUGCUAGUGGUGGUCAAACGACAGAAUCGAAAUGCGAGUGUGGUUUAGCACCUGUGUUGAGGACAGCACUGACAUUCCAGAACAUGGGAAGAAGGUUUUGGGGAUGUCCAAAUUUCCUGACUGGAAAGCCUUGCAAGUUCUUCCAUUUUAUUCCUGGUGAUAAGGUGAUUGAGGGUAGAGUAAGGGAUCUGUUACUGAGGUUGAAAGAUAAGCAGCUUCGAUUUCAGUCUGAGAAUGAAAGGCUGAAGAAGGAAAAUGCUGAUCUGAUCAAGGAAAAUGCUGAUUUAAUGAAGGAAAGGGCUGAUUUGAUAAAGGGAAAUGAUGAUUUGAUGAAGGAAAAUGCUGGAUUAUUAGUGGAAAAUGGGAACUUGCUACACGAGAAUGGGCCAUUCAGGGUUUCUUCUUUGGCUGUCGUGGCUUCUUUGGUUGUUUCCCUUUAUCUUUGGCGACUGAAGUAGUUGCUGCUUGUGAUUGGGAGGGGCCUGUGGUUGUUGUUGCACAGUCCUUUUUAGCCCUCUUCCAUGGCUGUGCAUUUUUUGAGAUUCCUUCACACUAAAGAAUCAAUGUGCAUUUGUUAG